CCGACAGCGCGCAGAGGAUCUACCUUAUCCCCAACUCAUAUCACUCGAGCGGAAGCUGGCGUGUGCAGCUGGCAGCGUGAAGCCCUGCUCCUGCAGCAAGAUACCUCUCGAUCCAAGGUCUAUGCUAGAUACACAAAGCUCACGAUGUGUCACAUUUACCGUCUCAUGUACGCGUGCGGGUGUCGGAUCAAAGACCCUUACAAUUUCCACCAGUGUGUCGAACGUCAGGGGACCAAUGCCAAGUGCGACCCGAUAAAGGUCCUCGAGCUCGAGAAAGACCAUUACUGCGCCAAGCACUUGGUGGGCAGAGGGGGGGUGAUUAUGGCUUUUUCUCGGAGACGGCGGCCGUCGUCGGAGGAUAACGAGGACCACGAGGAGAUGGAAGAGGAAGAGGAAGAGGAUGACGAUGACGAUGCGGAGGAGGAGGAGGAGGAGGAGGAAGAAAAAGAAGACGAAAAGAAAACGGAAGAAGAAUAAGGACAGGCAUAAGGCAAGUGAGGAUGAGGAUUGUGUUCGUGGCUCAGAUGACGAGUUCGCCC